AUGCAAUUAGAAUAAACUCGGACCGUAAGGCUGUACAAGAAUUCUUUUCCCUAGAAAAUGAAGAUAUUAUUUGUUGGGAGUAUGGUCAAAAAGCCGUAUCUGUUCCUAAUUAUAUGGUAAUUCAUGAUCCAGAGACAAAAUCUAUAAUCAUAUCUAUACGAGGAACAAUGAAUGUUACCGACGUGAUAACGGAUGCAUUAGCACAUCAUGAACCAUGGAAUGGAGGAUUCGUUCACAGAGGAGUACUACGUAGUGCAAAAUACCUUGUAAAGCAUUCAUUAAAAAAUAUUAGAGAAGCAGUAAAAAAAUUCGAGUCCAAAGCUAUACAAGUGAUUGGACAUUCGUUAGGUGCUUCAGUUUCAUCAAUUGUUACAUUGUUAUUAAGAGAACAAUGUCGUGAUUUAAUCACUCAAGGUAUUGAUAUACAUGCAUGGAAUUUUGCUACAGCACCUUGCUGUUCAUUGGAUUUAGCUUGUAAAGCCGAGACCGAAAAUUGUAUUGAUAAUUUUGUUAACGAGAAUGAUGUUAUACCAAGAUUGAGUUAUGGAAAUUUAAUGGAUUUUAAAGAGUUGGUAAAAUUUGCCGCUAGUGAAUUGAAAAAUGAGAAAUACAAAAAGUUAAGUUCAAAAGAUAAAUUGUCUAAAAUCUUGACAUCAAUUGAUGAUUAUCGAACCUGCUUAAAAUCAAAUUCUGCGACACAAAAAUUAUAUAUACCUGGUACCAUAUAUUAUUUAUAUAAAGGAUUUUAUAGAACACACGUUAAUUCUUCAGUGGCAUAUUAUACAAAAGAUAUUGUAUGUGAAAAGUCUAAACCCGAUUUAUUUACAGAUAUAAGCUUACGUAGAAAUUGGUUAUUUCAUCAUUUUCCUGAUAG